GGUGGUGUAGACAAAACAUUCAAAGGUCGUCUUCUUUCUUUCUUUCUUUUUCCCUUCUCUCUCUUCUUUCUCUCUCUAAAACCUUAAAAAAGAUAAAGAGAUGGAGUUAGCUUUGAGCCUGGGAAACAAAGGAGUAGUCGUUGAGAGUAAUAAAAGUGUGGGCUUCUGCAUGGGAUCAUCAUCAGUAGGAGCAAGAUCAACGGCUGAGAAUAAAAGAGGAGAUGGUGAAUAUAAUAUUAAAGAUGAUGAUCAUGAUCAUCAUGAAUUAAGAGAUAACGUGGCUUCUUCUUCAUCGUCAGAUCCAUCACCAUCACCUCUUCAACUUGAUCUCUUACCUUUCUCCCCUGUUCCUCGCUCUACUCAACCUCCUCAUCCUCUCCGCUUUCCUUGGCUUCCUGAUAACUUGGGGUCAGUGAGUUCAGAACCGGGUUCAUCAGACGGUCCAGGGUCAAAAGCAACAGAAGUGAACCGGCGUGCAAUAGUGGGACCCAUGACGGAGGAAACGGAGGAGCAGUCGUCGCCGAACAGUGGAACGUCGUCGUUUAUGGAGUUUUCACUGUACACUAAUAAUAAUAAUAAUAAUAAUAAUAAUAAUAAUAAUAAUAAUAAUAAGAGUGGAGGAGGAGGAAAAGGAAUAAUGAUAAGGAGGGAAAAUGGGGAAGAAAUGAUGGGAAUAACAACAACAUCAAGAGGAAGUGAUGAUGAGGAAAAUGGAUCAACAAGGAAAAAGUUAAGACUUUCUAAACAACAAUCAGCUUUUCUUGAAGAAAGCUUUAAAGAGCACCAUACUUUGAAUCCUAAGCAAAAGCUUGCAUUGGCGAAGCAGCUAAAUCUUCGCCCUCGUCAAGUAGAAGUUUGGUUUCAGAAUAGACGAGCCAGGACCAAAUUGAAGCAGACUGAGGUAGAUUGUGAGUAUUUAAAGAGGUGCUGUGAGACUUUGACUGAUGAGAACAGGAGAUUACAAAAGGAGCUUCAGGAAUUAAGAGCCUUGAAAACUUCCCAACCUUUCUUCAUGCAACUUCCUGCUACUACUCUUACUAUGUGUCCUUCUUGUGAACGUGUGGCCCCCACUUCCACGUCCGCCGUUACUGUCGCCGCCUCGUCCUCUUCUCCCGCCACUCCUUCUGCCUCCGUCAAACCCGCCACGCCUAAACGACCUUCUCCCGAGACCACCAAUGGAGAUAUCACUUUGUCUCUUGGCAAGCCUCAGCCUCAACCUCAGCCUGCCUCGUGAUCAAGAUACUUUAAUUUAUACUUUCUUAGUCUCGGCCCUUUUAGACGUAACAAUUUUAAUGGGACAUUGGAGAUGGGACAGAGGGAGUAUAUUUUAUGUUUUUUUUAGUCUUUUUAUUAUUGUACAAAAUCGAGAUUUUCCUUAUUAUUAAUUUUAAAUUAUUUUUAGUUGGAUUCUUUUAAUUUUGGACAGUCAUGGUAGUAGAUAUUGUGUUUGUUGUGUGGUUGGAUUUGCUAGUUUGUGGUUUUGUAGAGAAGUUUUAGAUGCUUCAAAUCUUUAAAAUGGACUAAUGAUAUAAAAAAUUAUUGAAAUUAAAGGUGUUCUUAAUUUGGAAAAUAAUAUUCCAUUCUUUUUGACUCUCCCUUUUGAUAAUGUUGGAACU